UAAAGCCGCGGGGGUUACAGAAAUUCUAUCUCAAUGGCGUCUUUAGCUCCCACGCUUUCCUCCACAAUUUCCCGCCUAACCCAUCUUCACAAACCCUCGCUCCACUCUGCAAUCACAACUCUCAAAAAUUUCCGAUUUAAGCAGAAAUUAAGCAAGCGCAUACGGCCUUUUAUCAACUCUUCGCCCAGUUCUCUUUCUGCCCAUUUUUCUUCUGCUCAAAUGAGAAGCACAGUAGGCUCAGAUGAUGAUCUUGUUGUUCUGGGUAUUGAAACUAGUUGCGAUGACACCGCUGCAGCCGUAGUCCGAAGCAAUGGUGAAAUUCUUAGUCAAGUUGUUUCUUCUCAGGCCGAUCUUCUGGUCCAAUAUGGAGGAGUUGCUCCAAAAAUGGCUGAAGAAGCUCAUUCAAAAGUGAUUGAUCAGGUAGUGCAAGAAGCUCUUGAUAAAGCUAACCUAUCUGAAAGUGAUCUUUCCGCAGUUGCUGUCACUAUUGGUCCUGGCUUAAGCCUUUGUUUACGUGUUGGUGUGCAAAAGGCUCGGAAGCUUGCCGGUACUUAUGCUUUACCCAUUGUUGGUGUCCAUCACAUGGAAGCCCAUGCUUUAGUGGCCAGGUUAGUGCAGGGAGAGUUGCAGUUUCCGUUUUUGGUUUUGCUUAUUUCAGGAGGCCACAAUCUUCUGAUUCUUGCACGCGAUCUUGGCAAUUAUGUACAACUUGGGACCACAAUAGAUGAUGCAAUUGGCGAGGCAUAUGACAAGACAGCAAAGUGGCUUGGUCUUGAUUUGAGGAAGAGUGGGGGCCCAGCUGUAGAGGAUCUAGCUCGAGAAGGUGAUGCCAACUCCAUCAAAUUUAAGGUCCCCAUGAAGCAACAUAAAGACUGCAACUUUUCAUACGCAGGCCUGAAGACUCAAGUGAGGUUGGCAGUUGAAUCUGGAAGUAUCAAUCCUGAAAUCCCAGUUUCUUCAGCUUCUAGUGAAGACAGAAAGGAAAGGGCUAAUAUUGCUGCCUCUUUCCAGCGAGUUGCAGUAUUGCAUUUAGAGGAAAAGUGUGAACGGGCAAUUGAGUGGGCGUCAAAGAUUGAACCUUCAAUAAAACAUUUGGUUGUCUCUGGAGGUGUUGCAUCUAACCAGUAUGUCAGGGCUCGUCUUAAUCAAAUUGUGGAAAAAAAUUGCCUGCAACUCGUUUGCCCUCCCCCCAAACUUUGUACUGACAAUGGCGUAAUGGUUGCUUGGACUGGCAUUGAGCAUUUCCGCAUGGGAAGAUUUGAUCCUCCACCACCCACCAAUGAACCCGAAGAUGCAGUGCUUGAUUUGAGGCCAAGAUGGCCACUGGGCGAGGAAUACACUGAAGGAAGAAGUGAAGCCCGCUCAAUAAGAAGGGCAAGAAUUCAUCCGUCUCUUACCUCUCUCAUUCAAGCAUCAAUGCAGCAGCAGUCGUAGCCUAUUCUUGAUAGAUGAGGCUUUCCUGUGAAUCUGUGAUGAACAUACGAGGCCAUAGGAAGGAUCAAGAUCCCCUCUCUUUUAACUUAUUCUACAUUGGUGGUGUCGUUUUUGGAAGUCUGCAGAUGGAUUUGCUUCAGAAUGGGUCGCCCAAUCCUCAGUAUAAAAUGUCGGGGUGUGGUGUGAUGUAUGAUUUAACAUUUUUUUACGGUAUAAAACUUGACAGCUUUGUGAUACUUUCUGGGUUUUUAAAAUCUUGCUGAAUAAGGAGGGAACUGUGGCAUAUUUGUACAAUUUGAAUAAUUUCUUUGCUGGAAUGACAAUGUUAAAUGUGCAUAGACUAACAAUUAUUCAAUUUGUACA